AGCUGUUUUUUAUCCACGAACAUCGGCUGCGCUAUCUGGUCCUAUGCACAACGAUAUGAUCAUGAUUCCAACACAGUAAACACUAUGAAAUGUCAUCACAUAAUAGGUCUAUUCUGUGGUAUCAUAAUAGUUUUAUGUUUUAUCUUAUCUAAAGAUUAAAAAUAAUUAUUGAUCGAUUAUGUAGGGGACAAUUUAAUUGUUGAAAUGACAUAUUUUCAGACAUUAGUUGUUAAUGUAUGAUCCGUUCGCGGCUGAAUAUGAACGAUACAUCAGAAUGUAGUUAUGAAAUGCUUAAAGCAUUAUAUGAUUAUGAAGAUAGUACUUCAGAGAGAACAUUGGACUUUAAAACAAAUGAUGAAUUUUUUAUCUAUCGCGAUAUUGCAGAUAAAAAGAGUUGGUGUUUAGUCAUAAACCAUACUGGUGAUUUAGGAUAUGUGCCAUACAAUUAUGUGAAAACUAUUUAUGUAAAGGAUACUCAUGUUUUAACAUUCUUAGAAAAAUGUUUGCUGACCAUUCAACAAAAACUUGAUGUUAAUGAUAAUUCUUCUGAUCAAUAUAAGUUGUAUGAGUCAUUAUUGAGACGACAAAAACAAUUUAAACAGAAAACUAUAACACAUAACAUAUUGGAUACACCAGUUCAAAACAAAACUAUUGAUAAGUGUAAUCAAACUGAAUUAUCUGAACAAACUUUAAAUGAAAUACAAAAAAUUAACUGUAUUCCUCAAAGACCCAAGGAAAUAACUAUUCCUGAUAUUUAUGAAAUAGUGCAACAAGUAAGAAAUCAUACAGGAUUGUCUUACAAUUUUUCUCAAGUUGCUGUUUCUGUUAUGAUUCAAUAUUUGUCUAAUCUAGUAGAUGAACCAGCGAAGUCUUGUCUUAACAAUGUACGUGAUAUAAUUGACACAUUCCCACCUACAAGCUCAACAUUACCUGUAGAAUGCUUGGAAAAUACAAAAGAUGGCUUAUGCAUGCAACAAUUGUUAGCAAAUUUAACAGCAGCUAAAGAAGAUUCACAACAACGUUCAUGGCAAAUAUAUGAUGAUCAUGUACAAAUUGAAGACUAUUUAAUAGAACUCACAAGUAUUUUGAAAAAUGGAGAUCCAAUGGUUAUAAACCACAUUUUAAAAAUUGAUCAAUAUACAUCAAUUAACAAUUUAUUAGGAUAUUAUCAGAUGGAAUUACGAUGGGUUAUUCAAAAGCGUUUACUUGAAAUAUUUUCAGAACUAUGCAAACUCAAUUUUGUGGUUGUUGAAAUUAUAAUAAAUUCCAUACUGCCAAUGGAAUUAGCUAGAGACUUUCAAAAUGACAAAGAUGAUUUCAACAAGCAAAUAGUUCUUGCUGAAUUUCUCACACUUAUUCUAUCUGUUGGAGAGACUUUACCUACUUCAUGCUUUGAUUACAUGAAUUUAGAUUUUGUUACCAAAGUACUUAUCGAAAUAGAAGACAAUGAACUAAAAUCUUCCAAUGAUGAAAAAAAGACUGAAUGCCUGAUAAAUUUAUUAUUGUCUUAUAAUCUUCAGUUUCCCAAUAUUGAAUCAAACAUAACACUUACAGGAUUGGCCCAGAGAGAUAAUGCUAAAGUGCUCACUGAAAAUUUAUUGAUACUACUUAAUAUUGAAAAAGAUCCCGUUCAAAUUUUAAAGUUAAAGAAAAAGCCCAAAAACUCAGUAGAAAAAUUGUUGAAUGAUAUUUUAGCUGACUCAAAAACGGCCAAAUUGUUUUAUGUUAAUGAUAUAGAAGUUUUAGUUGAUAUUAUCAUACGCCAAUUAUUGAAUAUUUCAUCUAAUGAAAAGGCUCGUACUUCAUACUUAGAACUUUGUAAGAAUGUUAUUUUUAAUACAGAAUACUUAGAACGAGGACAUAAGUUAUCAGAUUUAAGUAACUGCCUUCAAGAAAUUCUUGCAGAUGAUAGUUCAUGUACUAAAGAUCAAGAUAUUGCUAUCAUUAAGGAAAUUUAUUUAAAGUAUCCAGAUUACUUUAAAUAAAGUUUUUUGAAAAAUUUAUUAUUUUAUAAUAGAAUGUAAUGUUUGCUUAUUUGCUGUUAUUCUAAGUAUUAGCCAAAGUGCUUGCAAUCAUGAUGUGAUGAAUAAUAAUUAUUCAUUAGUUAUUUGUGUAUGCUAAAUAUUAUCUUAUAAAUUUAAUUAAUAUUACCGUAUUCAUUUUUCUUCUUA